AAAACGUGGUCAAUUCUUAAACUAAUUAAAUUGAUUGAUUGAUUGAUUAAACUCCUGGGCUGGGAUCGCUACUCAGAAGGAAGUCCUGUUAUGCACAAUGGAUCUUCAUGUAGUGCACUUAGAACUGCAGCUUUGCUUGCUUGGGCCUUUUGACAUCGAGUCAAUUUAUUUAAAAAUCAAGCCAGGAGACCCCAUCCAGAUCUGAUUUCCAUGUAUUGUUCUUUUUCUUUUAGUUGUUCUUGUGCCUUUGAGUAAAAUGUCCAUGGAUGUAACAUUUUUGGGGACAGGGGCUGCGUACCCAUCUCCAAUGAGAGGGGCCUCGGCAACAGUAAUCCGUUUUGAAGGAGAAUGCUGGUUGUUUGAUUGUGGCGAGGGAACCCAGACGCAGUUCAUGAAAAGUCAUCUAAAAGCAGGAAAGAUUACCAAGAUUUUUAUAACUCAUCUGCACGGGGACCAUUUCUUCGGCCUUCCUGGACUACUGUGCACCAUCAGCCUGCAGUGCAGUCCUGACCCCAACAGGCAGCCGGUGGAUAUUUAUGGGCCACUCGGGCUAAAGGAUUUUCUCCGGAGAACCAUGGCGCUCUCUCGUUCUCAACUGGUUUUCUCCUACAUUGUCCAUGAGCUGGUUCCCACUUCCAACCAGUGCCCUGCAGAAGAAUGGAAGGAAGUGUUUUCCAUGAACAGAGAUGAGGUCAGCUCUCCAGAGCCACAGGGAGACCCUAUUUAUCUGAAUCCUGCAGAGGACUCAUACUUCUUGGUGGACAGUGGACCCAUCGUGAUAAUGGCUUUCAGGUUGUUUCACCGUAUACCUUCCUUCGGGUUUCUGGUGGAAGAGAAGCCACGGACUGGCAAACUCAACACUCAUAAACUGAAGGAAUUAGGAAUUCAACCUGGCCCAUUAUAUGGAAAAUUGAAAGAAGGUGUUCCAAUUACUCUGGAAAAUGGGACAAUCAUUUGUCCUAUGGAUGUCUUAGAAAGCCCUUUUCCUGGAAGAAAAAUUUGUAUUUUAGGAGAUUGCUCUGGUGUUGUUGGGGACCGGGUGACAACUCUUUGCUCUGAAGCUGAUCUCUUGGUUCACGAAGCCACGCUGGAUGACAGCCAGAUGGACAAAGCCAAGGAGCGUGGUCACAGCACCCCAAAAAUGGCAGCAGAGUUUGCUAAACUGUGCAAAGCAAGGAAGUUGGUCCUCUCCCAUUUCAGUCAAAGGUAUAAGCCACCGAAUCAGGCAGGUGAAGGAGACGCAGACAUUACGGAGCUGAAGAAGCAAGCUGAACUAGUUUUGAAUGGACAAGAUGUUGUAUUAGCAGAGGAUUUUAUGACUAUUAGUAUUCCAGUUAAAAAACAAAAAUAGGACUACUGGACAACAAAAAAGAAAUUAAUUGGCCGGUAGGCUAAAACUCCAGCUGUGGCUUGCUUUCAGGUGAUAUUCUUGGAAGGGGCUGGUUGAAGUCCUGUUUGAAUUGUGAUGGGCCUCAUUUUAUGAACAUCUGUUCUUUAUUGCAUCACAUAUUUCUAAUGCAUUUGUAAUGUUAAUACGGAUUAAAUGUGCCUUACAUGCUAGGCCUUUGCAAGAGCAAUGCCUUCCUUGUAAUGCAAACUCUAUAUGUGUUACCUAUUUGGAAUU